AUGCCGCAGCUUCAGCGAACGCAAUGGCAGAGAUGUCCAGGGUGUCCAUCCUUGUGCCGCUUUAGUUCAGUGCUGGCUUCUGUGUUCAAUGGGCACUUUCCUCUCAAAGCGGAUGAAUCAGGAGCAUGUCUAAUUGAUUGAGACGGAGGCCUGUUUAAAGAUCUUUUGGAUUAUCUGCAUGGAGAAGUUCGGAUUCCUGAAGAUGAACAAAUUCAAAUUGCGCUGCAGAAGGAAGCAGAUUAUUUUGGCAUCCCUUAUCCAUACUUGACGUUUGGCUAUCAAAUGGAGAUGUGUUCUUUAAAGUCAAAUAGAGAGCUUAAAAAGGCUUUGUUAGAUUUCUGCGACUCAUAUGAUUCAGUUUGCGGCAAGCCCACAGUUUGGGUCCUGCACUAUCUCAACACGUCUGGAGCGAGCUGUGCAAGUAAAAUUAUUGGGGUGUGUGCCACAAGAGCUGAUGGGACUGGUGCAAUUAGUAAAGAGCUAAGAACAAAAAUUCACAGUAAAAGCAUUUACAAAAGAGAAGCUGGAAAUAACAUCCAAUACCUCUGGAGCUAUUAUUCAGUGGCUGUUAAAAAGAUGAUGGAUGCUUUCAAGGCCUGGGAAGGGAGAGGCAGAGUAUUAAUUUUGUUCUUUUACUUCAGUACUACUACUUUUUUACAGAAAAAGCCACAGCCAGCUUAAAAUAAAGCAGAAACACUGCACCAUUUUUUAAUAUAAAUAUAA